AUGUCGUUCUCAGCGAAACCAAGCAAAGAAGAAGUUAAAAGAUUAUUUAAGCAAUUUGAUAAUGGAAAUGGACAUUUAUCACUAGCAGAAAUCGAUCGAGCUGUCACACACUUUUAUCCUCAACUUGGCAUAAAAAAGAAUGCUAUUAUGAGAGCAUACAAAGCAGCUGAUAUUAGCGGAAAUGGCCUUGUCGAAUUAAAAGAAUUCGCAAAGAUUCUUGAAUUGCUACACUAUUAUAAUAAAUUAAGUGAAGUAUUUGAAGAAUUAGAUACGAAUGAUGAUCAUCGUAUUAGCUAUACUGAAUUUAAGAGAGGCUUUGAAUUAUUAGGGGAAGACAGCAAUGAUGAAAGUUAUUUAAAAAAUGAAUUUAAGCAAGUCGACACCAACAAUGGUGGCUUUAUUUUAUUUGAUGAAUUCUGUAUGUAUAUGGCAAACAGAAAAGUAGAGUAA